ACCAAACCUUCAAGGCUUCAGUCAAGUCGGUCCAGCAAAUCUACGGACACAAAUCUUUACAAAUCUUCUAUCAUCUCCUUGGAAAGAACAAGCAAUGGCCCUCGCAACGAUCGCGACUUCGACUGAAGUCAGAGAUAUAGUCAAGCUAGAACGGAUCGGUGCACAUUCUCACAUUCGCGGAUUGGGAUUGGAUGAUCGAUUGGAGCCGAAGCCUAAUGCUCAAGGAAUGGUCGGGCAAAUCAAGGCGCGCAAAGCCGCUGGCGUGAUUCUGAAGAUGGUCCAACAAGGACGGAUCGCAGGUCGCGCAAUCCUCAUGGCCGGUCCACCUAGCUCUGGAAAGACCGCAAUUGCCAUGGGUAUGGCGCAGUCUCUUGGAUCCGAUGUGCCCUUCACGACCCUCUCGGCAACCGAAAUCUUUUCACUGGAGAUGUCUAAAACAGAGGCUCUCACACAAGCCUUUCGACGGUCGAUCGGAGUUCGAAUAAGAGAGGAGAGCGAAGUGAUUCAAGGGGAGGUAGUCGAAAUCCAAAUCGAUCGGAGCUUAACCGGUGCAACCAAAACCGGCAAGUUGACGAUGAAGACUAGCGAUAUGGAAACGAUUUAUGAACUCGGAAAUAAGAUGAUUGAAGGUCUCAACAAGGAGAAAGUGAUUGCGGGGGAUGUGAUCUUGAUCGAUAAAUCUACUGGAAAGAUCACUAAAUUGGGCAAGAGCUUCACCCGGGCAAGAGACUAUGACGCGAUGGGAGCUGAUACAAAAUUUGUACAAUGUCCAGAGGGGGAACUUCAAACCAAGAAACAAGUGGUCCAUACAGUCUCCCUACACGAAAUCGAUGUCAUCAACUCACGUACACAGGGAUUCUUAGCCCUGUUCAGUGGAGAGACCGGCGAGAUCAAGUCGGAGCUUCGAGAUCAGAUCAAUUCGAAAGUAGCAGAUUGGCGAGAAGAGGGCAAGGCGGAGAUCGUUCCUGGGGUACUGUUUAUUGAUGAAGUUCACAUGCUCGACAUCGAAUGCUUUUCGUUCUUGAACAGGGCCUUGGAGACAGAACUGGCGCCGAUCGUCAUCAUGGCCUCCAAUCGAGGCUGGGCUAGGAUCAGGGGUACCCGGUACAAAAGUCCACAUGGGGUCCCAAUGGACUUAUUAGAUCGAGCACUGAUCAUCAGUACUAGUGCUUACUCGGCUGAGGAGGUUCGGACGAUAUUAUCGAUCCGAUGCGAGGAGGAAGACGCAAUCUUGACGCCAAAGGCAUUGGAAAUUCUUACGCGGAUAGCAUCAGAAAGCUCACUAAGAUAUGGGAUCCAAUUGAUCACGACAUCAUCGAUGGUAGCCAAACGAAGGAAGUCGAAAGAGGUAGACGUGGCCGACAUCAAGAAGUGUUACAGCUUAUUUCUGGAUGAGAAGCGAAGUGUAUCAUAUCUGAAGGACAACAAGGAUGGCGAGUUUAUCGGCGAAGACGGCAACGUUGGGGUCUACGAUAGUGCUCUUUCUGGGCUCUCUGCUCCUUCUGCCGUCCCUUCCAAUCAGCCUCAGCAGCCGCCUGUCGAUCAAUCUCAUACUGAAAAAUCUAUCCCUGGAAUCGGUCUGUCUGGUGAAGUUCAAAUGGAUACCACUUAACUUUCAUCAUAAAAAAUGGCCAUCGUUUCCUUCUUCUAUUUUUCUCCCAAACCCGACCGUCAUCAUCAACUUGAUCUUUAAUCGACCUCUCUGCUCAGAUGUACACAACUCCUUAAUCCUUUUCUUCAUCAGGCCCAAUUAUGUCUCUUACUUAAACUCUCUUCUUUUGGCCCGCUUUUUCUCUUCUUCUUGUGAAUUAUAUGUAGGCGAGGUUGUAUGUUUCUUGGAACUGAAAGAAAGAAAGAAAGAGAACCCAUACCUCUGGUGAGUUCAAGAG